UCUUUCCUCCUCCUCUAAUAAUGAUAAGCACUAUUACUUCUACUACUUUGACAUUUAAAUCAAGUCCAGAACCUUUAUUAUCUUAUAUGACCUCUAAUAUUGAUCAUCUUAUUGAAUGCUCAAAAGAACGCAUAUACUAUCAACAUAUGCUAUUGCCUGAAUUGCCUAUAUUCAUAAAGAUAAUUUAUAGGAAAUGUCAUAUUACUCCCACUGUCUUGGUCAUUGGUCUAAUGUAUCUUGAACGUCUUAAGAAGAAUUUACCGGAUCAAGCCCAGGGAGGUAUAAUUAUUAAUUACAUGAAUACAUAUAAAUAUAUACAUAUUUUUAUAUAUAUAUGUCCUUAUUAUUUAACUCUUAUGUACAAAAUAGAGUAUGAUACGCCUUACAAAUUAUUUUUAGCUGCUAUGAUAGUAGCUACUAAAUAUGUUGAAGAUGAUGCUUCCUAUACACUAUCUAUCUACAGGAUUGUGCUUCCUCUUUACACCUAUCAACAAUUAAACGAAAUGGAACGUAGUUUCUUAGAUGUUUUAAAAGUAAAAUAUACAUACACACACAUAUAUAUAUAUAUACAUACAUUAUGAUUAAUCAUAUAUGUAUAUAGUUUGAUUUAUAUAUAGAUAUCUUAGAAAUGGAUAAGUUCGUUUAUAAACAUCAAGAUAUUCUCGAACUUGAGCUUUCAAGGAUGACUUGAUUACACAUACUAUUCUCCCCCCCCCUCCUUUUUUUUUCAGGGGAAAAAUAUAUGUUUUGUGUAAAACACUACACGGAAGAAAAUUUUGUUUCCUAGACAACAGAAAUGCGAUUACUAUGUCAUAUAUAGUAUUCAUGUAUAUAUAAAUAUUUAUAUAUUAAACUUUUUUUUGUAUAUAGGUAUAUAUACAUAUUUAUUUAGUAAUAAUAUAAUAAAAAAAAUUAUACCAGAC